AUGAUUGCAACAAUUUCAAAUAGUCUGUUCAUCAAGUGUUGUAGCUAUUCUGUUUUUUCACCAGUAAAAUUUUCUAUGAAUACAAUGUCCACAAUGGUAUAUCGUAACAGAAAUCCAAGAAAUCUUGAAUUGCUUGGUUUAGCACCAAAAACAAAAGGCUGGGAAUUUCAAGCUCCACGAAAAGACUUUUGGAAUAAAGUGAUAUUAGAUAAAGCAACAAAUCAUACAACUGGUUUUGUUGUCCAUAAUUCAUCAAAUAUACUAGUCUCUGCUUCAACUAAAGAGAGGAGUAUAAAAAAGCAUUUGUUUAGUUGCACUGAUGUCUCUGCUGCAGCAAACAUUGGCAGAGUAUUAGCCUUCAGGUGUCAACAGUGUGGUUUAAUUGAAUUAUUUACUGAUACAACUGAAUUAUCUAAAGAAAAUGAAAGUACUCGAGCUUUCUAUGAGUCCUUGUUAGCUGGUGGUAUACAACUCACAGAAACACCACAAAUUGAGAGUGCAGAACCUAUUGGUAUAGAUUAUGAUAAUAUGUCGGAUGAAGAGAAACGCAGCAUGUAUCCAAGUUUAAUUGAAAAUCUUCGAACAAUACCUGAUUGGGAUAAUAUUCCAUAUCCAUAUUCUCUAAGACCGAGAUCUCAAAGAACGUCGUUGAGAAACAGAUACCAAAUUUUGUCGAAAAUUCGUCAAGGCAUGGUAUGGGAUUCGUUCUACUCUAGAAUGGUACAUCCACGAAACAAAGCCUAUUGGCAACAUGAUUUUGAAGAGGCACAAAAGAAGAAACUUGAAUCUCAAGUUAUUACUUCAGAUGAUAAUAAAGAUGAACAGCCUGUCAAUGUAAUUGUCCCGUCUAAGUGGCAGUUAACGUAG